AUAUUUAUUAAAUGUAAAUUCUGUCGCUCCUAAGAGUUAAACCAACAUAUAACCGGAAGUGCAAUAUAUGUUUGAGCUUCAACUUGGACAAGCAACUGUAAAUAAUGACUAAGAAGUACGAGUUUGACUGGAUAAUUCCGGUGCCACCGGAACUAACCACUGGCUGUGUAUUUGAUCGUUGGUUCGAGAACGAAAAGGAGACAAAGGAGAAUGACUUUGAACGCGAUGCGCUGUUCAAGGUCGAUGAGUAUGGUUUCUUUCUCUAUUGGAAAAGCGAGGGCAGGGAUGGCGACGUCAUUGAGUUGUGCCAAGUGAGCGAUAUUCGUGCUGGAGGCACUCCAAGGGAUCCGAAAAUACUUGAUAAAGUAACCAAAAAGAAUGGUACUAACAUUCCGGAACUGGAUAAGCGCUCGCUCACCAUUUGCUCCAAUACGGACUAUAUCAACAUCACAUAUCAUCAUGUUAUUUGCCCCGAUGCAGCCACCGCCAAGAGCUGGCAAAAGAACUUGCGACUUAUAACGCAUAAUAAUCGAGCCACUAAUGUUUGUCCACGCACCAAUCUAAUGAAACAUUGGAUGCGUUUGAGCUACUGCGUGGAGAAAAGCGGCAAGAUACCGGUCAAGACAUUGGCCAAAACAUUUGCAUCUGGCAAGACUGAGAAGCUGGUCUACACUUGCAUUAAGGAUGCCGGCUUGCCAGACGAUAAGAAUGGCACCAUGACCAAGGAGCAGUUUACAUUCGACAAGUUCUAUGCUCUUUAUCAUAAGGUCUGCCCACGCAACGACAUCGAGGAGCUGUUCACCUCCAUCACCAAGGGUAAACAGGACUACAUUAGCUUGGAUCAAUUUGUGCAGUUUAUGAACGAAAAACAACGCGAUCCGCGCAUGAAUGAAAUUCUUUUCCCGCUCUAUGAAGAGAAACGCUGCACUGAAAUUAUCAACGACUAUGAGCUGGAUGAGGAGAAGAAGAAAGCUGUGUCUUUGUCUUUGGAUGGCUUCAAGCGCUAUCUAAUGUCCGAUGAGAACGCUCCUGUAUUUUUGGAUCGUCUCGAUUUCUACAUGGAAAUGGAUCAGCCAUUGGCUCAUUACUAUAUCAAUAGCUCGCAUAAUACCUAUUUGUCGGGUCGUCAAAUUGGUGGCAAAAGCUCCGUGGAAAUGUAUCGUCAAACUUUGCUCGCUGGAUGUCGUUGUGUUGAGCUUGAUUGCUGGAAUGGCAAGGGUGAGGAUGAGGAGCCAAUUGUUACUCAUGGUCACGCCUACUGCACUGAAAUUCUAUUUAAAGAUUGCAUACAAGCUAUAGCUGAUUGUGCUUUUGUAUCGUCAGAGUAUCCGGUUAUUCUAUCCUUUGAGAAUCAUUGCAAUCGUGCCCAGCAGUAUAAGUUGGCCAAGUACUGCGAUGACUUCUUUGGCGAUCUGUUGCUUAAGGAGCCAUUGGGAGAUCAUCCUUUGGAUCCGGGCUUGCCCUUACCACCACCCUGCAAGCUAAAGCGUAAGAUUCUCAUUAAAAACAAGCGCAUGAAGCCGGAGGUAGAGAAAGUAGAACUUGAGCUCUGGCUCAAGGGCGAGCUUAAGACCGAUGAUGAUCCCGAGGAGGAUGCCAGCGCUGGCAAACCACCGGAAGCUGCUGCUGCCGCAGCUGCACCCGUUCCAGAGGUUGCCGAGGCAGCCGCCGCCGCAGAGGGUGGAGGCGGUGCCGAAGCAGAGGCUGCCGCUGCCAACUACAGUGGCUCCACUACCAAUGUACACCCAUGGCUCUCGUCAAUGGUCAAUUAUGCUCAGCCCAUUAAAUUCCAGGGCUUUGAUAAGGCAAUUGAGAAGAACAUUGCCCACAACAUGUCGUCGUUUGCAGAAUCCGCUGGCAUGAACUAUUUGAAGCAGAGCUCAAUUGACUUUGUCAAUUAUAACAAGCGUCAGAUGUCGCGUAUUUACCCGAAGGGCACUCGCGCCGAUUCCUCCAAUUAUAUGCCGCAGGUCUUUUGGAACGCCGGCUGUCAGAUGGUCUCGUUGAAUUUCCAAACCUCUGAUUUGCCAAUGCAAUUGAAUCAGGGUAAAUUUGAGUAUAAUGGCGGCUGUGGCUAUCUACUCAAGCCGGACUUUAUGCGGCGUGCCGACAAGGACUUUGAUCCCUUUGCCGACGCUCCCGUCGAUGGUGUAAUUGCUGCAAUGUGCUCGGUCAAGGUUAUUGCCGGACAGUUCUUGUCGGACAAGAAGGUUGGCACCUAUGUGGAAGUGGAUAUGUUUGGCUUGCCCUCGGACACGGUUAAGAAGGAGUUCCGUACUCGUCUCGUGCCCAACAAUGGACUCAAUCCGGUUUACAACGAGGAUCCUUUCGUCUUCCGCAAGGUGGUGUUGCCCGAUUUGGCGGUGUUGCGCUUUGGCGUCUAUGAGGAAAGCGGCAAGAUGAUUGGGCAACGCAUAUUGCCGUUGGAUGGACUACAGCCUGGCUAUCGUCACGUUUCGCUGCGUACUGAGGCAAAUUUCCCGAUGUCGUUGCCAAUGCUGUUUGUCAACAUUGAAUUAAAGAUCUAUGUACCUGACGGCUUUGAGGAUUUUAUGGCGAUGCUGUCCGACCCUCGUGGUUUUGCUGGUGCUGCAAAGCAACAAAAUGAACAAAUGAAAGCUUUGGGCAUCGAAGAGCAAAGCGGUGGCGCUGCGAGGGACGCUGGCAAGGCCAAGGAGGAGGAGAAAAAGGAGCCACCACUGGUGUUUGAGCCCGUUACCUUGGAGUCGCUUCGCCACGAGAAGGGAUUCCAAAAGGUGGGCAAGAAGCAGCUCAAGGAGCUCGACACCCUGCGCAAGAAGCACGGCAAGGAGCGCACCUCAGUCCAGAAGACCCAAAAUGCGGCGAUCGAUAAGCUGAUCAAGGGAAGAAGCAAGGAUGAUAUUCGCAACGAUGCUAGUGUCAAGAAUGCAAUCAAUGAGCAGACAAAGCAGUGGACCGAUAUGAUUCUUCGACAUCGCCAUGAGGAAUGGGAUCUGCUGCGAAUGCAUGUGCAGGAUUCGCAGGAUAACAUGAAGGCGCUCAUGUUGACCGUGCAAGCGGCCCAGAUCAAGCAGUUGGAGGAGCGUCAUGCUAGGGAUCUUAAGGAGCUAAAUGCUAAGCAGGCCAAGCAGUCGGCCGAUACCGCCAAAGAGGUGCAGAACGAUAAAACUUUGAAAACUAAAAAUGAAAAGGAUCGUCGUCUACGCGAGAAGCGUCAGAACAAUGUCAAGCGCUUCAUGGAGGAGAAAAAGCAAAUUGGUGUUAAGCAGGGACGUGCUAUGGAGAAAUUGAAGUUGGCUCAUGCUAAGCAAGUUGAAGAAUUUGCUACCGAUGUGCAAAAGCUAAUGGACAUGUACAAAAUCGAGGAGGAGGCCUAUAAGUCCCAAGGAAAAACGGAGUUUUAUGCUUAAACACAAGAACAACCACUGAGCAUUAACAACUAGCAAAGCCAGCAGAAUAUACAUAAAUUAUUAAAUGUUAUACAAUUACUAAAAUGAAACUAGAGCAUCUACAUAUACACGAUAUACAAGCAUAUAUAUAUAUAUAUAUAUAUAUAUAUACAAAGGGCAUAUAUAGUCGAAAAAUCUAUAAGUGUAAUUAAUGUGUGUAGACUCUAAUAUUCAACUGAUGUGAAAUGUAAACAGAAAGUAAACACUUUGUGCUUUAUACUUGUUUAAGGCUGGCUAUAAAACAAAAAAUACAUGCAUGCAAUCCAUGAAGGCGAAUAUUAAAAAUA